GCACUGACUCCGUCGAACGAAGAAAGAUCGGUACUCGGGUUGUAGACGGCAGCACGAGUAGCAUAAAUUCAACUGACGCCGGUUCUUUUCCGUUAUUAAAAGGGGACUUUUCCACUCGGUUUCAGCCAGAAUCAUCGCGACCGUCCACGCAAAGUGAAUUUACUCACAUAGUUGUGCGUCAAAUGAUGGAAGACUCAGCUGCCAUGUCAGGGAACAUUCAUAUUAACAGCCCUAAUGUGAGGUACACAGAUACUCACAUUGUGUCUCAGUAUUCCUACCAGACGACAUCAGUCCACAGAGAUGGGAACAAACUCUCGGUGACUCCACACACCACUGAGAUGACAUUUCGCACUGAGAGGCAUGUGCCCCGACUGGGUGUGAUGCUGGUGGGCUGGGGAGGCAAUAAUGGGACCACUGUUACAGCGGCUGUACUAGCCAACAAGCUGGGCCUUACCUGGAGGACCAAGACUGGAGUAAAGAAAGCAAACUACUAUGGCUCCCUGCUGCAGGCGUCCACUGUCUGUCUGGGAUCAGGGCUCGAAGGCGAGGUCAACGUGCCUUUCCGGGACCUCUUACCUAUGGUUCACCCGAAUGACAUUGUCUUUGAUGGCUGGGAUAUCUCCGGUAUGGAUCUUGGAAGUGCGAUGGAGCGAGCCCAGGUGCUCGACUGGUCAUUACAAGAGCAGCUCCGACCACACAUGAGCCACAUGAAACCCAGACCCUCCAUUUAUAUCCCAAAAUUCAUUGCUGCUAACCAACAGAGUCGCGCUGAUAAUGUUCUCACUGGGACUAUGGCAGAGCAGGUGGCGCAAAUCCAAGCUGAUAUAAGAAACUUCCAUCAGUCCAGCGGUGUGGACAAAGUCAUUGUUCUGUGGACCGCUAAUACUGAGUGUUUCUGUCGAGUCAUACCAGGGGUGAAUGACACCGCCAAGAAUCUGCUCGCUGCGGUUGAGGCUGGUGGAGAGGUUUCUCCCUCCACUCUGUUUGCAGUUGCCAGUAUACUGGAGGGCUGCGCCUACAUUAAUGGAUCCCCUCAGAACACAUUUGUCCCAGGGGCAGUGGAGCUGGCCAUGCAGAGAGGGGUGUUUAUUGGUGGUGACGACUUCAAGUCAGGUCAGACAAAGAUCAAGUCAGUGCUGGUGGAUUUUCUGGUCAGCGCGGGCAUAAAGCCAACCUCCAUUGUCAGCUACAAUCACCUUGGCAACAAUGAUGGCAAAAACCUGUCAGCUCCGCUACAGUUCCAGUCCAAAGAGAUCUCCAAGAGCAACGUGGUAGAUGACAUGGUUCAGUCCAACCCAGUACUGUACCAUCCAGGAGAAAAACCAGACCACUGUGUGGUCAUUAAGUACGUCCCCUAUGUGGGAGACAGCAAGCGCGCGAUGGAUGAAUACACAUCUGAAAUAAUGUUGGGUGGAACCAACACUAUUGCACUGCACAACACCUGUGAGGACUCUUUACUAGCAAGCCCCAUCAUCCUGGACCUGGUGAUCCUGACAGAGCUAUGUCAGCGUGUGGAGGUCCGGCCUCAAGGCGAGGAUGACUUCCAGUCCUUCCACAGCGUCUUAUCACUGCUGUCUUUCCUUUGUAAGGCCCCCCUCGUCCCACCAGGGACUCCCAUCAUCAACGCCUUCUUCCGUCAGAGGGCCUGCAUAGAAAACAUCAUGAGAGCCUGCCUGGGGCUUCCUCCUCAGAACCACAUGCUACUAGAACACAAGUUACAACGAGACUUCCUGCUUCGACAUGACGGCUGUGUCAACGGCUGCGCCACUGUCGUGAAAAAAGCUCCUCUAACCAAUGGAAUCCACUCAGGGCUUCAGAGCAGCAGCUGCACACAUGUGGGUCAUGCAGCAGACGCAUGAGUGGAAACUUAGUAUUUUGUCUAAUUCCAAAGGUAAAACCUCUUUAGAGGCAGACCCUUAGUGUGAAGUACUGAUAUACACUACCAGCCAAAGGUUUGGACUCACCUGGUUUGUCUUUAUUUUCAUGACCAUUUCCAUUGUAGGUUCUCACUGAAGGCAUCAAAACUAUGAAUGAACACAUAUGG